CUCGACUUUUCUCUUUACACAAUCAAUUCAACUCCCACCAUGGCCCUCCGAUUACCCAGACUUCAUACACUCUUACGAACCAAUUCCAGACACCUGCAGCCCCAACAACAGCGGCGAUGGGCGCAGGUCCACGACGUGCGCUUUUUAGCGACGCAUCGCGACCCCCAGCAGAUCUUGGAGAAGUACCAGGAUAAACUGAAGCAGAAAGCAAAGGAAGAAGGACACGAAUCUAUAGAAUCGCUGAAAGAAGCUUACAAGGAAAAAAUCUCAAAGCAUCGCAGCAGCGCCGCGACUGUUGUCACGCCUGAACCAGUACCAAAUUUGUCCAGCAAGACAUCCAUUCCCCCCUCUCCUUCGCCUGUAUCACAACAAUCGCCACCCUCACCAAUUGCGGCCGCCGCAAAAGCAGCCUCUGGACCCCCCGGCAUAAAACCACUAAGUUCGAUCCUCAACAUCGACAAAAUCCUCGCCCUCCCCGCCAAAGAAAUUGAAACCCUCUGGCGUCUCCGCCACGCUCACAACCCGCACUCCAUCUGCGCCGUCGUGCCCCUCGAUACCUACCAGCGCAUGGCCAACGUCGCCCGCUCAAACCCGCAGUUCAUCCUUCCUCUCCCCCGCCAAGCGCCCGCCUCAUCUACCGAGGGCCAACAGACCGCAGAAGAGUCGGCUGCGGUUGAGGGCGGCGCAGAUAUUCACUUUUUGCAAUGGGCCUUCCACCCGCCUGCAUCACCUCAGCCGUCUUCAACUUCGUCAUCGUCGAACACGGUGAAUACGCAUGCCUCGACGAUCGUUUUCACGCAGCUAGCCUCGUACAAACUGCACGGUUCCUAUGCGCAACCACAUACGACUAUUACGCAUCAUCUGGAUCUCGCGGAUGAUAAGGGUCUUGUGCUGAUGCAUGGACAGGUGAUGCCGGACUCGGGGGUGUCAGUGUCGGAGGCUAGUUGGCUGGUGAGCUGUGUGCAGCGGUUUUAUGACUAUGACGGCGAGGGAAGUGGGCGGAAGGGCGAGCUAUUGCGGAUGUUUACGCGAGGGGAUGUAGAAGGGUUCAAGGUGGAGGAUCUGGUUGAUGAGACGGAGAAGAUCUCGUAGAAGCUGGCUCGGUUCGAGGGCUUGUAAGAUGGUGAUGUGGUUCUUGUAGAAUAGUUGAAUUAUAUUAUAUCAUGUAUACCAAAGUCAGUUACGAAUAAUAAAAACAUCAAAUCUCAUUAACGAC